UCUGGAUCCCAUCCUGGCGACAACACACUCCGACGCUGCUGUGGAAACCUCAACGUUUCACAGCUUAUUAGUAUUAUUUUUAUAUUUUUAUUUACCUUUUACAUCCAGAGUCGCUAUUUUUUUUUUUAACCAGAUCAGCGACACACGACAGGAUAUUUUCCCGGCUCUUCGUGUCUUUGUGGCGCCUUCUCAUGUAAAACCAACCCUACAAGCUCUUUUUAUUUAAACAUAACAUAAAAGCUGCUGUUUCCGAGCUUCUCGUAUGGUUUGGUUAUUAUCUGAGGAGCAGAUCUAACAGGAUUUUUUCCCCUUCAAGAGGAUUUAUUAGUAUGAUUCUUUGUGAACGCGGUCCCAGGACUCUGAACACUGAAGGCCCCCGGGGUAUGAGGGACGGAGCCAUCCCCCCUGCCUCUUGCCUUCGAAGCACAUCUCAAGUAUGGGACCCCGUAAAGGAGCUGACAGCAAUUGGCCUGAACCUGUGCUAUCUAGAAAACUCAGGAUGGUACUGGGGAGCUCUAACGGCAGCUCAGGCCCACGCUGCCCUCCAAGGAGCAUCAGAGGGGACCUUUCUGGUACGGGACAGCAGCCACCCCAUGUACAUGCUCACCCUGACGGUCAGGACUGCACGUGGCCCCACGAGCAUACGGAUCCAGUACAGUGACACCCGCUUUUUACUGGACGCCAGCUCCCCAGCCCGUUCCAGCCUCUCGUCUUUCCCCGACGUGCCCAGCUUGGUGCAGCACUACAUGGGCGCGGAGAGGAAAGCGGAGGAGCAGAAGGUGAAGGAGGAGGAGGAUUCGUGGAAACCGUCGGAGCACACGGUUCAGGACAUGCCCGUGGUGCUAAAACUGAAGCGUCCGGCGUACAUAUCCUGGAGCCUCCCCUCGUUACAGCACCUCACACGCCUCGUCAUUAACCGACACACCGACUGCCCAGACGAGCUGCCAAUCCCCCGACCCAUGCAGCGUUAUUUAAAGGAAUAUCCCUUCAAGGUAUGAAGAGGGGGUGGGGGGCAGUGGAUCGGACCUCGUUUGGCUGAAUCUCAGCUUAUUUAAGGGAAGAAGAAAAAAAAACUAUCAAACAGGUCAUUCGUGCCUGUGGAGGCCAGUCACAAGAAAAUGUUUCUGACAGAAAACAAACUUCAAGUUCAGACUGACGUGUUGAGGCCCGGGUGGAAACACAGUACUGUAACGGUAAUUACUUCAAAAGAAGAACGUGGAGUUUAAACAUCACAACUUCUGUAUAUACGUAUUGUUUCUAAGAAAUACACUGACUUCGUUGAGACAUAUUUUAUGU